AUACGAGUAUAUUUUAUGUAACAGAGCUAAUAUAUGUGAACAUUUCACCAAAAAAAGGUUAUAUAUAUGUAAACUAAUAUGUAUAACACUCUUUCUCAACAAUAUGGCUCUCCCCUAUUCAAGAAACUUGUGUCUCCAAUUCUCGGAAAUUUCUUCUGCUCUGUUUCAGAUCUUCAUCUUCUUCAUGUUGCUAAUCCCCUUUUCAAAUCCAAUUUCCUUUAACUUUUCCAGCUUCGAUGAUAAAGCACGAGAUUCAAUAAACUUGGAACGCGAUGCAAAGAUCUCAGCCAGCCAAGACAUCCAACUCAACGAAAUCGAAUGGAGUAGUGGCCGAGCUACAUACAGAGACCCGGUGCGUCUCUGGAACAAGGAAACAGGAACGCUCACAGACUUCACCACUCAAUUCUCUUUUUACAUUGAUUCAUUAAAUGACGAAAGAUAUGCUGAUGGAAUGGCCUUCUUCCUCGCUCCCAAUGGUUCCGCCUUGCCUUCUAAAUGCUGCAAUAUGGGUAUUUUUAAACAAUACAGCGAACUCGACCCUUUAGAAAAUCAAGUUGUUGCCGUGGAGUUUGAUACUUAUGGAAAUGAAUGGGACCCAGUACCCUCAGAAGACAAUUGGAGCUUUAUACCCUAUCAUGUAGGUAUUGACAUCAACUCAGCUAGAUCAGUAGCAACUGCUAACUGGACUAGUACUAGCUUCGAGGAUGGGAAAAUGACUAUAGCUAAUAUUAGCUAUAACUCUAGUACAAAAAACUUGAGUGUUUCCUGGACCUACGCUGACAAUCCAACUUCUAGCCUCUCUUUUAAAGUUGAUCUGAAGAAUUACCUACCGGAAUGGGUUAUGGUUGGGUUCUCUGGUUCCACAGGUCGAACAGGUGAGCUUCAUGUGGUUCGCUCCUGGUAUUUUUAUUCGAGUUUACAAGUAGAGUCGUCUGAUUCGAGUGGGGGAACGAAUUGGAAGACAAAAAUGGUGGUUGGAGUGGUUGUUGGGGCAAGUAUGAGUGGCUUGGGUGUGAUUUCUUUCAUCCUGUGGAUCAAGAGGAAAAGGCAAAGAGAAGAAGAAGAAGAAGAGGAGGAAGAUAUGGUCUUUGGCAAUUCCAUUAAUGAAGAAUUUGAAAGGGGAAUCGGACCAAAAAGGUUCUUGUAUGGUGAGUUGGUUCGUGCAACAAAUAACUUUGCAGAGGGCCGAAAGCUUGGAGAGGGAGGGUUCGGAGGGGUUUAUAAAGGUUUUCUGAGUGAUCUAAAUAUGGAAAUUGCAGUCAAGAGGAUCUCUCAAAGGUCUAAACAAGGGAUAAAGGAAUACAUGUCCGAGGUGAAGAUCAUUAGUCAAGUACGGCACAAAAACUUAGUCCAACUUGUGGGUUGGUGCCACCAACGAAAGGAGCUGCUCCUCGUAUACGAGUUCAUGCCCAACGGGAGUCUUGAUUCCCAUCUGUUUGGACAGAAGGAACCAUUGGGAUGGGAGGUAAGAUACAAGAUAGCUCUUGGACUGGCCUCUGCGUUGUUUUAUUUGCAUGAAGAGUGGGAACAAUGCAUCGUACAUAGAGAUAUUAAAUCCAGUAAUGUGAUGUUAGAUGCAAACUUCAAUGCAAAACUUGGAGAUUUUGGGUUAGCUAGACUUGUAGACCAUGGCCAACGAGCACAAACAACUGUGUUAGCUGGCACCAUGGGUUACAUGGCUCCCGAAUGUGUUGCAACUGGGAAAUCUAGCAAGGAGUCAGAUGUGUACAGCUUUGGAAUUGUUGCUUUGGAAAUUGCUUGUGGAAGGCGGCCUAUUGAACCAUGGCUAGAAACAAAUAAGGUAAGGUUGAUAGAAUGGGUAUGGGAGCUCUACGGAAGAGAAAUGCUUGUUGAAGGAAUAGAUCCUAGACUUACAAAUAUGGGUUUUGAUGAAAAGCAAUUGAAGUGUUUGAUGGUUGUUGGGCUAUGGUGUGCUCAUCCAGAUUCCAACCUCCGACCCUCCAUAAAGCAAGUGAUGCUGGUUCUUAGUUUUGAAGCUCCACUACCCACUCUCCCACCUAAGAUGCCUGUGCCUACCAAUUAUGCGGCUACACUGGAUAUGCAUAAUGUCUCGAAUCCACCAUCUGCUAAUAAUUAUUCUUUUGCUGAUAUUUCCACUACAUCAAUCUUGUAUCCACGCUAAGUUGGAACCCUAUGUUGUAUGUUUUCAAUCGGUUUAUUUCUUUUCUUUUCCUUGGGUGCAUGUAUGUGGUUUUGGAAUAAAACAAUGUAAGUUGUCUUUUUUUUUUUUUUUCUAUUGUUUUCCUCCCCGAGUGUAUAUGCUCUUUAUCUGAAAAAAUAAAUGGCUUGUAUUUUGUGCUUACUUA